AUGUCUCUCCCUCUCGCAACCGCAUCCACCGCAGAACAUCCCCCCGCCGGCGCAGUCACGUCCCCCGUCGACAAGAAGGCAAAAGAUGCAGACGUAGACCGCAAGCUCCGGUUCUAUGGCGUCAUCGAGGCCUUCCGCCAAGGCAGAUACCCCUCUAACAAGCAGAUCGACAGCACCCUCAAACACCUCCUCGACUCGUCUCCCGUAGACCAGUCGAAACUUUCUCCAGAGGGUCGCAAGCUCAUUCAGGACUCGCGCGAUGUCAUCGAGACCGCCCGUCUCAUGGUUGAGAAGAAGAAUGCAGACGAGCUCUUUCAAACAUUUCUCUGGCAUACCCGGAACGUCGACUUUGACAAGGCGAAGAAAGACCCCAGCGAGGUCCUCCCCGUCGACAAGGAAAAGUCUACCCAGGACAGCCAGCAAGCCGCGCAGCAUUUGCGUACCCUCUUCUCCCUUAUCGCCACGAACUCGGAAGUGCGCAAGCUCCUUUCCGACUUUUCUCUCAUUGGUCGUGACCUCCUCGCUCGCUCCGCCGCGCACGCCGCAGAGUCCGUCCGUCCGCACCCCGAUGCCCUCGCCGGCGUCGAUCGCCCCGCACCCAAUGACCAGUUCCAGACCGCCGGCGGGCGCCAGGUAGGUCCCGACGAAACUCCGGUCUUGGAAGCAAAUGUUCCGGGCACGGACACCACCCUCCGUCACCAUCCCAAACAGGGGACUGAGGUUGAGCAGGAUGGAGAGAUCAGGGACCCUAGCGACGUGGCCGAUGACGCACGAGCUCAGGCUUCUCAAGCCAAGGAGAGAGCCAAAGGAACCGCGGCAGACACGGCAGGAGACUUUGGAGAACAAGUUCAAGACGACAAUGUUGACCCUGAAGUCAAGAAGCAAGGCUUCAAGGCUCGUUUGCAAGGCAUGAAGGACGGGCUCUCAGAUCGCAUACCCCAAGAACACAAGGACAACGCUAACGCUAAGUAUGAACGAGGUCGCAAGUUUCUCGCGGAAGAAUACUUCCCCGAGGAACGUCGAGAUCAGUUCAUCUACCGUGGCAAGAAGGCCAUUAUUGAGUGCCAGAAACAUAACGAUUAUCAAGAGAGCAUUCAGUGGUUACUGGCUUACGUCGAAGAGUAUGCAGGCCAUGGAAAGAGUAUAGCCCACAGUGGCAAGGAAUCUCGUGGGCAGUUAACCCAGGAUCCCGCGUUGCAUCAAGCGACCAAGGAGAUCCGAACGCUUCUUGAGCGUUUUGCUAACGGCCAAAGUCUCGAGAUCAUUAUCAACGCCAUCGACAGGCUCAUUCAAGACGCACGGCACGACGAGGACUUCCGCCACUGGUUCUCCUCCGUAGACGCGUAUUCACGCAAGGUCUUGCUUGAGCCGGGUUACGUCCUCGAGGACUCGUGCAACACGGAAGGCCGUGAGCUACGCGAGUCGGGACGCCGUUUCUAUGAUGACAAGUACAAAGCGCACUUUGAUGGGCUGUUCGAGAGUAUCGGUCAAUGGUUCCGCGCGAUGGGCGAAGAUCCGUUGAACAAGCGCUUUGGAGAUGAUUGGGCACGGCUAACUCGUGAUCUGCUGUUCGACAGCGAAGGCAGCUUGAAGUUCAAGCCAGACCUGUGGAUGGAUGUACGCAAGGUGAUCUUGCCCGCAAUCGUCGACCAGGUUGGCUACGUCCCCAUUCCGCGUAUCGAAUAUACGGAUGAUAUGCUGGACCUCGUAGUUGAGAACCUCACGCUUCAAGGCCGGAAUCUCUUCCCCAAUGUUGUGUCGGUUGAGGCGCACAAUUAUAUGAAAUUUUCGCCUUACAAUGCGAUCACAGACGAACAUCACCAUGAGUUCACGCUUACAUUGGGCCACAUCCAAGCAGACAUGCGUGACGUCGCGUUCUACUUCAGGAAGAAGUCUGGGUUCCCGAAGAUCUCGGAUUCUGGCCUGGCGGACGUGCUAUUGGGAGGACAGGGUUUGACGGCCACAAUACACCUCGUUUCGGCCGACAAGGAUCGCACCUCGGUUUUCAAAGUAAAGAACGUCCACGUCAAGGUUGACUCGCUCAAGUUCUCGAUCCGCGACUCGAAGCAUGACACGCUUUACAAAACUCUGCGCCCGCUCGCGACGGGCCUCAUAAAGAGGCAGAUUCAAAAGGCUGUCGCGGACGCGAUCACCACUGGUAUGGAAUAUAUUGAUGGUCAGCUUGUCGGCGUGCGCGAUCGCAUGCGCGAGGCGCACGAGAGCGAGGAUGGUAGCCGGACGAAGGCGCUGCAAGAGACGUUCCAGCAGAAGAAAGACGAGGCGAGUAGUCUCAAGACCAGCAGUAAGGAGAGCCACAGCCAGUUCAAGGUCGUUGCCAAGCGCGACUCGGCGAUCAUGAAGGACACAGGUCAUCCGUCUGGAUGGGCGAACCGCGUGCAGGAGAAGACCGACAGCGCCAAGGAGGGCGAGGAGUGGCGGUCAAAGGCAUUUGAUAUCGUUUGA